AUGGGUCGACCAGAUGAACACGGACAUCAUGAAGGAAGGAAGUCACCCAGACGGUGGCUGGCCACCGGUAUGAAGGCGUUCCUCAGUGUGGCUACCGUUUUUAUGAUUUACCGACAAUGGUCGAAUCCCAUUUCGAAGCUUGAAUUUUCCUACGCAGAGCUACAGGACCUGCUGCUCAACGUUCCCUGUCCUCACAAGGCAAGAGAAUGGAGCAGCUAUUACACCUGGGGCUCCCACUUUCCAGGAGAGGGAUUUGACCAAGCUCGGUGGACGAAAACGAGAUGGUCGGAAUUUGGACUGCAAGAUAUCGAGAUCACCCAGCAUUCCGUCUACUUGCCUCGACUCAAGGAUCAACGUGUUGCGUUGCUUAAUCUCAAUCAGACCCACAACCAAGUCGUUCAUGAAGUCAGCCUUAUGGAAGAUACUGCUCCCCCUAGCAGCGCCGAACGGCCAUUUAUUCCAGCCUUUUUUGCCUGGUCGCCGAAGGGCAAUGUGACAGCUGAAUAUGUCUACGCCAAUUUCGGGCUCGAUCAGGACUAUGAAGAACUUUUGCAAAGAGGAAUCAGCGUAAAGGGCAAAAUUGUCAUCAUCAAGUUGACCUUUAAUUCACCGCUUCUCGAACGACUGAAUGCAACGGCAAGUCGCUUCAACCAAAUUCUCAGCGCGACCAAAGCUGGUGCGAUCGGCGUUCUUGCAUACACAGAUACGCAAGGAGAUGAGCCGUAUACGGAAGCAAAUGGAUAUUUGCCGUUGCCAGAUGGCCCGGCACGUCCUCCUUCUAUGAUCCAAAGAGGGACUAUUGGACUCAUCGAAUCCUCUCCGAAUGACGCCGAUUUCAGAGCUCAUCUCCCCCAAAUCCCAGCUGUUCCUAUCUCUUACGCGGACGCAGCUCAGCUUCUGCAAGCGCUGAACAAUCGAGGACCCAAUGCCUCUGAGCUCAGCGAGAGAUGGUGGGGAGGAGGACUUGGGUACCGAGGUGUUCAAUAUAAUGUCGGACCCUCCGCACCCGGUAUGGUCAUCAACUUGCACUGCGACUCUGAGAUCGAAGUCGGCCAAGUUCACAAUGUGCUUGGCACAGUCGAGGGUAGCAUCAAGGACGAGAUCAUUCUGCUCGGAAAUCACCGAGAUACUUGGGGGCCCGGAGCUGGUGACAGCCACAGUGGCUCUAGUGCCCUCAACGAAGUGGUCCGCGCGCUUGGUACCGCUCUCCAACAAGGCUGGAAGCCACUUCGUACCAUUGUCAUUGCUAGCUGGGAAGGGGAGGAGGUUGGUCGCGUUGGAUCACGGUCCUGGUUUCAGGACAACAUGCAGAAAGCAAACACUACUAUUGCUGCGUACUUGAAUGUGGUGGAAGCUGCUGCCGGACAGAACUUCCAUGUUCAGGCCAGUCCACUACUGUCUCGAGCUAUUCUGGCCGCCUCAGAUCGCGUCUUGUCACCAAAUCAAACUAUGUCAGGGCAGACGGUGCUCGAUGUCUGGGGCGGUGAUGUUCGAUUCGGUACUGCAGGCGAUUCAAUUCUGUUCCAGGGCUGCGCCUGCUUGCCGAGCAGUGACUUUGGGUUCUUAGCCGGUCCUGGGGAUCCUGUGUUUCCCUACCACUCUCUUUAUGACACAUUGGAGUACAUGGACAAGUUUGGCGAUCCCACCUGGGAGUAUCACACAGCAACCGCGAAGAUGUGGGGGUCAUUGGCGGCUCACCUUUCUGAGACACCCGUUCUGGCGUUCAAUGUUACUGAUUAUGCCAUCGCCAUGAAAAAGGCUGCGAACUAUCUGGAGAGCCUACUCUCUGGCCACGACACCCCAACUCUGAAUUCACUUCAGGAGGCAAUUGACACCCUCUUCGAAGCUGCUAUCGUGCACGAUUCCAAGGGCGCCUCCCUGCUCGCAGAGACGCUCGCUAGGCCCACUCCACCCAAGCUACAGACAGAGCUUCAGACUGUUAACAGAAAGUAUAUGGCGUUUGAACGAGUGUUUUGUCGCGAUAUCGAUAGACUGACUCGGGACUCAAAUCAUUUAUUUGUGCCGUCGACACCAUACUAUGUACACAAGAGCGGAUUCCCUACCCUGGAGAAAGCAAUCCAGGAGAUGAACUCCUCCUUUAUUCAAAUCGAGCGAGAUCUGCUUGUCGAGCGUAUCGGCCGAGCCACAGAACUUUUGAGAGAAGACGGCGGCGGGAUAGACCGUGUCCAGUCAUGA